AUGCCGAAUAUGACAUUCCCCAGCCUUGAAACUGAGAAAUACACGGAGUAUGAGACUGGGAAGAUCCCUAUAAUUGACGAAGAUGCCGCGGCGGAAGUGUCCGUUGAAGACGACUCGCCCCUCGGACAGCUCCAGAGACGGUAUGUCAAGACCUGUGCCGCUUUAGUGACCAAAAUUGACGAGAUGUUGGUGUUGGUGCACUCAAAGGACGUUCUGGACGAUGAGUUAGAUAAAGUGCUCGGCACUGUCGACCCGGUAGUCCUACUCCAUGGAGACAAUGACAAAGACCCGAGACGCACAAAGUUGGUGGCAGCGAUCGAUUUUUUCAAGCACAUGCUCCAGACGCGGCUCCAGGUGCUUGAAAACAUCUCGCUCACCAUGCCGAUAUUGAAGGCUAUCCACCUGAGCGGUCCCUACGAAAUCCUGAGUCUGACACGAGAGAUGUCAGUGGUACCGCAGUUGAGGUUGCGCGACCAAUUGGCAAAGACCAUCGCUCACAUGUCCGCAGCCAGAGGCGAAAAGGAGGGCGAGGUUGCUUCGUUGGUCGCCGCCAAUGCCGUUAGGCAGAAACUAGUAAACAAGCUUAUGGACGAGUACAAAGAGUUGAAGCGACGGAAGCUCAAGAGCGUAAAGAGGACGUUGCAUCCAGAAGACGUGUUGCAAAGCAAGGCAUCGCUAGCAAAGGUCAGGUUGAGAACCGCAAUCCUUUCAGAGUUUUUGACAACUUUCAUCGCCUCUUCAGGGCUCGACUGGGGCGCGAAUGAACAGUUGUGUGAGAUUGUGUUGUUCUGUGGGGAGGAGCCCGAUGAAGAGACAUAG